AUGGCUUUAGAGAAGGGGCUUUUGGGAUCAAAGGGUGAAGACAUAAGAGUUCAUGUUGCUGGUUCAGGCAGAUGGAGACAAUUAGUUAUCGAUGAUUUGAAGUCAACAGAUGGAUAUUCUAACUCAGAAAAUACCAAUGGAUGCAAGCUCUCCCUUCCAUUUGCUCGUUAUUGUCUGCAAAAUGUGUUAAUCUUAUUGAACAAAACUGAGCAGAAAGCAAUUAAAUCAGGUGAUUCGGUCACUGCCUUGAAUCAGGAGGAAUCUGAUCAGGUAAAAUCCGGCAAGAAUUCAACCCACAAGAAUGCAUCGACAGGAGACUCAAAAGCAAAUGGAGAUUCAAAAGAAAACAAGGGUACUUCGAGUUCAUCCUCCAUAUUGCAGAGCUCUGUUUCUGCAUAUGAGGACAUGAGGAGAGAAGAGAAUCACAUGAUUAGGCAAGCAGUUCUUGGAGCCCUAGCUUACGUUGAGUUAUGCUUAGAAAACCCUUUGAAAGCUCUUUCUUUUUCAAAAUCACUCCUCGAUCUUCCAGAAUGUUCCAAAAUUUAUGUCUUUCUCGGUCACACUUAUGCCUCUGAAGCACUUUGUUGGCUGAACCGAUCUAAAGAAGCAGCAGAAUAUUUAUCAGUAUACCUCACAGAUGGCAACAAUGUCGAAUUGCCUUAUGGUAAUGAGGAUAGAGAAAAGUGGUUCUCAAAGAGAGGGGCUAAUGAUUUUGAAGAUUCAAACAGUUCUUUGCCUUCUAAAAAUAAUGCCGAAGAUACCCAGAGCUUGAUGUUCUUGAAGCCUGAGGAGGCUCGUGGGAUUGUUUUUGCUAAUUUCUCAGCAAUGUUUGCAAUUCAAAGAGAUCUUGAAAAGGCUAGCAGAUUUGCUUCUGAGGCUCUAGCUUUAGUUCCUAAGCAUCCAAAAGCUUUGCUUGCAAUAGCAUAUGUCGAUCUCUUACAAGCGCCGUCGCUCCCCGUCUCGCCCUCGACUACGCCGGAGUUCGCCGCUGCGCCUGCCACUUUUGAACCCUAUAGUAUGGUAGGCCGGAGGAGGAUAACCAAGAGAAAAGAGUGCAUGAUGCCCAAGAAAAGUCAAAAUGGAGGGGCUGCAGGCACAAGGCCACUCUUUUUUUUUGAUAAAUUUGAUGGUGGCAUGGCACAUGGUUUUGGUCUGCGGAUGCCCACAUUUUCACUUGAAGAUGAUAGCAGAGAAAAAGGUUUGAUAGUUCAAUUCAUUUAG